AUGGUGGAUAGUAUCAAAUUUUGCGGAAGGACCAUCAGAUCUCUGUCUAUUGGAAGCGGCACGGGAUCAUCGCAAUCGUCGGCGAGUUCUGGGGUCAAGACAUGCAGAUGGAGAAGGUUCUCGGGAUCCUCGAUUGGCAGCAUAGGAUCGAAUUCCAUAUCGGCAGACACGGUAGAUGCCGAUUGCCCGUCAGGAAAACCAAAAAAGUUGAUUCGAUUGAGAAAUUUGAAGCAUGGCGGCACGACAAUCAGGAACGAUUCAGGGCAGUUUGAGUUCUUUUACAAUCCCUUGGAGAUUGGUACAAACCCUUACAAUACCAAAAGCUUGAAUAAAGACCAUGGAUUCUUGAUUGAGCUUUGUAUUGAUCCGAUGAGCAAAGAUGUUUAUUUGGCGGAUUUGUGUAUUCGAGGUGAGAAUCAUUUGUCACCAUCUAGAUCAUCACCGAUAUUUGCCGAUCCGUCCAUUGCUCUGGUUCCUGAUCGAAGAGGGAGUUUGCAAAGCGAUUUUGGUGUCACCAUCAGCGGCAAAAUCAGAAUGGUCGUAACGAACACGAAGAAUGCAAUUUACAUUGAAUCGCAUCGUGUAAAGUUGAAGUGCUUUAUUCACCAGUACGUCUGCAUGGUUGAUCCAGACAAGAAAGAGAAUUGCGCUGGUAAGAGAACGGUCAAGCUGUGCAAGGAUGAGCCACACGAGAAUGCUCACAUGCUACCUUACAAGGAUAUCGAGGUGGAUCUACUGUCGAGCGAUGGGAGUCGAUAUUUUUCCUUCGGUACCUACGAAUUUCCUUUCUCGUUCCAUUUGAUUGACUUCCCGGCAAGUACUUUGUCGUAUUUUGGGAAAACCUUCUACAGGGUGGAGAGUGUCUUACGCGUGGCAAAGUCCCUAAAUUCGAAUCCGCCGACAUUUGAUACUGUACUAUUAACUGAUGAAGUAAACGUGAAGAGGAUUUUGUCCUCGGCUGACAUGAAUUUGAAGCACGAAUCUGUUUCAUUGCAAGGGUACUGGGAUAAGUACCAACUAACUUAUAAUGUGAUGUUGAACUCAAGGCUAAUGGAGAUGGACGUGCCGUUCGGCGUUAGCCUCGGUUUGAUGAAGGAACGCCAUUCCAUGGGAAAGAUCAAACACAUCUCUAUCUGCCUAGCACAGUCGAUCUCGAUACCGUGUGUAAACUCCAAGACGCUCGAACUCCUACCAACGACUUAUGCAAGCAGAAACGAGGUUGAACUGUACCAGAUAGAUGUCGAAUCAGAUGCGGAAGUGCUGAAGCAAAACGAAUCGUUUCAAUAUUAUGAAGUGGAUAACUUGAAAAUACCGCCUAACGAUAAGAAAUUCCGUUGCAAAAAUUGGCUGAAACCCUUCUACUGCGAGAUGAAUACGAAGUUCCAGGGCAGAGCUAGGUUGAAGAUUUGUCACACCAUUGUGAUCAAAAUAAAGCUCGCCGAUGAUGAGAACCCUGGGUCGGACGAUGGCGAAUCAUCCACACGACAAACGGCUUGUCUCAGCCUCAAGAUGCCCGUCCUUCUGGUGGACCAAGAUAUGGCGAAUAAUUUAUCCUUACCACCGUACAAUAAAGACACAACGCCAACAGAUCUUUCAUUUAUAGACGACCCUCCUGCUUAUCAUCAUGGCGACAGUAUAGAACCACCCAAAUAUUGGACUUCAGACAGCGGCAGCUAG